UUUUGUUAAUCAAAAUACCACAUUUACAAACUAGAAAGUUGUUAUUAUUCUACAAUAGACUCACCAAACGACGAUCAACAGGUUGAAUCGGCAAUUUUGGAUAGAAUUGGUGUAGUUUUGCGUGAACAGCUAACGUUACCUGCCUUGUAGAAAGCUACAUUCCCAGUGAAAACAUGCCACCCCGUCCGCUAGCCUAUCUGACCAGAAAGGAAUGUUUUAGCGCGUGUCACCGGUUACAUAGUCCUUUCCUGAACGACGAAGAUAACCGGCAGGUGUACGGCAAGUGCAACAAUCCGAACGGACAUGGCCACAAUUAUACCGUGGAGGUAACAGUCCGCGGUCCGGUGGACCCGAAGACCGGCAUGGUGAUAAACAUAACCGAUUUGAAGGAGUACAUGGACCAUGCCAUCAUGAAAAAGUUGGACCACCUGAACCUGGACAAGGAUGUGCCGUACUUUAAGAAUCUCCCCAGCACCACCGAGAACGUUGCCAUUUUUAUAUGGGACAGCUUGAAGUUGAUCAUGAAACUUCCAGAACUGCUGUACGAAAUCAAAAUCUAUGAAACAGAUAAAAAUUCUGUUGUCUAUCGCGGCGAGAAACACGAAGCAGGACAUCACCAUCAUCAAGAGGCACCGAAGAAUGUGCGCCCUACGGCGUCGUCGGAAACCUCCUCCAAUCUCUCAUCUGAUUCGGACAGCUAAAUACGCAGCUGUUCAUCGCCAGCCUCUAGAAAUUUAUGGUAGAAAAAGUGAACUUGUUGCCUCUUUCGGAUUUUUUUUACUGCAGUAUUGCAUAUGAAAUGUAUUAUGAAUUAGGAAGCCUCGGAUCUGACCCCCUCCAUGACGAUCAAAUGAAGAUGAAAGACUAUGAUAAAUGGACUCAAUAAAAAUGGGAUAUUUCAAAGCAUUA